UUACAUCUGACCGCUCGAUCGGCGUGCCCAGCAGGAGACCCGAUAGAGAUCGCCACGAUUCGCAUUCCAGGAUCGGAGCACCGGGACGGCCUUCUCCACUUGUAAUGUCGACCAUGUCUCCACCCGUAGUGAAAAUGGAAGCUUUAGGAGAACCACAGGGACCAUCGAGCCCGCCAUCGCCGUCGGGACAUCUUUCCGAUUGUACGCCCCUCACUCAUCCAGUUAGCGGACAGCCAAUUUGUACAUGCGUUGUGAGAAGAUUAUCGUCAGCCGCGAUACCGAACGCUUUUUCGGGUGCACCUUCAACCCCAUCGGUCUCCGCAUCGUCAUCCACGUCAUCGAGAAGCUCACCCACGACGGCCGCUGCGGCUCAGAUUCCUAACCACAUGCUCAUGGAUCCUCAUCAGUUUGCGCUUCUGCAACAGGCGUCGCUCCACAACUCCAGUCCAACGACGCUGCCCACGGGAUCAACAAGUUUAAACCCAAAAGAAAAUCUCGAAGCCUGGCGACACCUAUCACCCGCGGCGGCUGCGGCAUAUGCGCAAAUGUACUCAGGGACGACUUAUCCUGGGUACGAUCCCGGCAACGGGGGCGUCCUCUCGGGAUACCCUUUCUCAGGGUUGGCGAGCAUGGACCUCAACGGAGCACGACGGAAAAACGCGACGCGAGAAACAACGAGUACUUUGAAAGCAUGGCUAAACGAGCAUCGCAAGAAUCCAUAUCCAACCAAAGGAGAGAAGAUCAUGCUGGCCAUCAUCACUCGGAUGACUUUGACUCAGGUAUCCACUUGGUUCGCGAACGCCCGCAGAAGACUGAAAAAAGAGAACAAGAUGACGUGGUCUCCGCGGACUCGUGGGGACGACGACGACAUGGACGACGACGACAUGGACGAUAAGGACGAGAAAGAGGACCUCAGAAAUUCCCAGCAAGCGAAUCAGAACAGGGCUGCACUCCUGGCGGCGGAUGAAAUGGCGAGACGAAACGAACAACUGUCUCAGCUCAUGGCUUCGGGAUUGCCUCCGCCACCCGCGCUCAUCAACAUGGAAUCGUUGACGGGCAACACGAUGACCCCUGAGAACAUGGCUCACAUACAUUCCUUGCUGCAGUUCCAGACGUCUCAACGACAGCAGCGGAGGGCUGACGAAGAAGUUAGUGUGGACGACGACGAUGACGGUGGUGGAGGCGGCGGAAACAACAUCAAGAACAACAAUAACGGUGACGAGAACGAAGAGGCUACGAGCAAGAGGAAAACGAGCAGGACAUCGGUCACUCCUCCGCCUGCGAGUCCCGGAGCCCGACCCAAAAUCUGGAGCAUUGUGGACACAGCGACGACCGAAGCCGCGGCAGCACGAUCCCCAUCGUCGGAUUCACCUUCGUCCAGUCCGCGGCCACCGGCAGCACUUACCGCCGAGCAAUUAUUGAUGGCAUCACGACUUUACGGACACCAACAAGCUGCCGCAUUUCAGAAGCAAUGGUAUCAAGCUUUCGCUCAAAACGCCCUGCGAAGAUCGGCGUCUCCCCAAAACGCAUCAUCACCUUCACCAUGAAUUCAUGUGAUUUUCACUGUUUGUCCUGAAUCGAUAGCUUUCUAUUUUCCUAUUCUAAGACAAACAGACGAAUAGCUGUACGGAUCUGUCACGUAAGCAGACUGGCAAACAGACGAAUAAGUAAUUAAAUGGAGAAAUAAAUAAAUAAAUAAGUAAAUAAAUGAAUGAAUGAAUAAAUGAAUCAAUAUAGAAUAACAAACACGAAC